UAGUUUCAGUUCUUCUCCAUGCUUUUGCCAUGGAUCAUCACUAUUGUAACUGUAAUACCUGCUACAUUAGGUCAUAGGAAUCGAGUACAAGAUGAUGAGAUGCUUGUUAUAUCAGAUAGCACAGAUUCAUUAAAUUUGGAAGAUUUCGAAUUUGCUGAUAAGUUAACCAGAGAGGAACUGUUUGGAAAACACAUUCCGGUGGAAGUGGUAAAUGAUUUCAAGUCAGAUAUUCGGUUACCAAGACGGCACAAAAGAAAUGGAGUUUCCCGAGCAGCGAAACUAUGGCCGAACGCUAGAAUUCCAUAUGCAAUAUCUCCACACUAUUCUCCUCAUGAAAGAGCACUUCUUGCGAAAGCUGUGAAACAGUACCACGAAAAAACUUGCAUCAGAUUUGUUCCACGACAGACCGGAGAGCCAGAUUAUCUUUUUAUUGGAAAAGUUGAUGGAUGUUUCUCUGAAGUUGGUAGAACAUCGGGAGUUCAGGUGUUAUCUCUCGAUAAUGGAUGUAUGGAAUAUGCAACAAUUAUUCACGAAAUGAUGCAUGUUGUCGGAUUUUAUCAUGAACAUGAACGAUGGGAUCGCGACAACUUCAUUGAUAUUAUCUGGCAAAAUAUUGAUCGUGGAGCUCUUGAUCAAUUUGGAAAAGUUGAUUUAUCGAAGACAUCGUAUUACGGUCAACCAUAUGAUUAUAAAUCGAUUCUUCAUUAUGAUAGUUUGGCAUUCUCAAAAAACGGAUUCCCAACAAUGUUGCCGAAAGUCAAAUCUGCAACCAUCGGAAACGCUCGUGACUUUUCUGAUGUGGAUAUUUCAAAAAUCAACCGAAUGUACAAUUGCCCAGUUGAAAAGAGUGUGACAGCUCCAUUUGCACGAGCACGGCACGUUCCAAUAUAUUCACCACAAUACCAUAAAUAUGAAGAUCGUCCAAAGAUUCCACUUCGAUCAUUUGAUAUGCAACAAGGUCCAAUUAAUCCACCAAUGGCACAAAUACCAUCACAAAGUCUUGUUGUUUCAAGUAGCUCAGGACGGGUUAAUUAUAAUAGCAAUAAACCAUCAUCUCAAUGCGAGGAUCGGAUAACUGUAUGCUGGUGGACAGCAGAUCGUUGUAGGUCUCCUGCAAUUUAUCAAGUCAUGUCUUCAUUGUGUCCAAAAACAUGCAAAUUUUGUUAGCUUUUGUUCCUCAUUUUCUCUUCAGUUUGACCCCUUACAGGUGAUCUCUUUCUCUUCAAGGUACUCCAGUUUUUCUCUCCCUUUUUCAGUUUUUUCAUUGUUUUCCUGAAUACUCUUUUUGUUAUUUACGGGUUUUUGAAUGCUUUCAAGUUCACUUUAAGAAUAAAUGCCUUCAAUUUU